CGGCCAGCCUGAGGUUAGGGCGGAGUGACCGCUGGUUGGCUGAAGUAGAGGGCGCAUUUAGGAGCGUUUCCAGAGGAGGAGGAAGUCCGAGGAACUUGAGGCACAAGUAGAGGACAUCAUUGUGCUCACGUCGUCCUGCGCUGUUCUGCUGCAGCUGCCGCUGCGGAUCGCGAUUCUCCACCGAUUUCUCCCUCCUUCCGCUUCUCCCGCUUCUCCCGCUAAUCGGCAAUUACGAAUCGGGCACUAUUCCGGACAAAAUUCCACCUCAUUGCGUGUGCAGAAUAUCGUUUCGAGUUCACUACGCGCAGGAGAUAUUAGGAGUCAAUUCUGCUCUGCAUCGCGAUUCCGCACGUACUUCUUGAAAUUCUGGUUACUGUCGUUGCAGGCGUUUGAAGCGAACCUUUAUCACCGCGUGAGUGCUGCUUCCAUAUCUGGAAGUACUUCAUAUUCAAGAAGAGCUGCAGCUUUUUUGUUCCUAUGCAUUCAUCCUUUGUGCAGCGGACACGGAUAAAGUGAACUGGGAAGUAUGACAGCUGAUGACGGUACUAGAGGAAAUGGAACGAUGAAACCUAUGGCCGACAUUUUCACUCGGGGAAAUCGGGUGGUGGGAAUAAGGAGAGAGGAGCACAGCAAGUGGGAAAGACGAGCUCCUUUGACUCCUGCACAUUGUGCUAGACUUUUACAUUCUGGACAGGAUGGAGGUGGAGUUCGUCGUAUCAUCGUUCAGCCCUGUACAAAACGCAUACACUCAGACCAGCAAUACCAGGAUGUUGGUUGCGAGAUUUCAAAAGAUUUGUCGGAGUGUGGACUCAUUUUGGGAGUAAAACGUCCUCAGUUAGGUGAAUUGCUACCCAAGCGAGCGUAUGCCUUUUUCUCUCACACUCACAAAGCACAACCGGAGAACAUGGCCUUACUUGAUGAGGUGCUGGAAAAACGCGUAUCAUUAUAUGAUUACGAGCUUAUUGCGGGAGAGAACAAGGAAAGACUCGUUGCGUUUGGAGAAUAUGCGGGCAGAGCAGGGAUGAUCGACUUUCUUCGAGGACUUGGAGAACGGUUCUUGAGUCUUGGUUUUUCCACCCCUUUCUUGCCCGUGGGCUCUUCAUACAUGUACUCAUCGCUGAGUACAGCAAAAGCUGCUGUAAUGGCUGCUGGUGACGAGAUUGCAAACAACGGUCUAGGAUUGGGAAUUUGCCCUCUUGUAUUUGUGUUCACUGGGUCAGGAAAUGUUUCACGUGGUGCACAGGAAAUAUUUCGUUUGCUGCCUCACACAUUCGUGAAACCGUCUGAUCUACAUCGACUUUAUGAUGACGUACACAUGGCUUCAGCCGAUGACCUCUUAUUGCGGAAAGGGAGAGCCAACUUUCAAGUCUUUGGUUGUGUUGUUGAAGCCCGGGAUAUGGUUGUCCCUAUGGACACCUCCAAGAAGUUUGAUAAGGAUGAUUACUACUCACAUCCCGAGCAGUAUCGAUCCAUUUUUCAUGAAACAAUCGCUCCGUAUACCUCCGUGAUAGUGAACUGCAUGUACUGGGAGCGAAGGUUUCCUCGUUUGCUCGACAACAAGCAGCUUCGGGAGUUGACCAUAAAAGAUGCAAGCACGAAGGGGAGCCGAAAGCAGGGCAAACUCCUUGGAGUUGCGGAUAUAACAUGUGAUGUCCAAGGUUCCAUCGAGUGCCUCCAUCAAAUUACUUCCAUUGAGGAACCAUUUUUCAGAUAUGAUCCGUCAUCUGGGACGUACCAUAAUGAUAUGGAUGGAGAAGGCAUCUUCAUCCUAGCAGUUGAUUGUCUUCCAACAGAGCUGGCAAAAGAGUCAACGAAGCAUUUUGGAGAUGUACUGCUACCGUUUAUUAGUAGUAUGGCCUGUGGCCAAACGCCAGAGGACAUGUUGGAGCCGAUUAAGAGAGCAUGCAUUGCUCAUAACGGGCAGCUUACCCAGCUCUACGAGUAUAUUCACGUAUUAAGAGAAGCUGAAACUAAGAAAUCGCGAUCUUCCACCAAGUUGGACUCCCAAAAGAAUGGGUCGGUCACCAGAUUGGUUUCUCUCGAUGGACAUCUGUUUGACCAGUUUCUCAUCAACGAAGCUCUAGAUGUGAUAGUCGACGCAGGUGGGCGAUUCCGCUCCGCUACCUGCAAAGUUGGCCACAGUGACAACGAAACUUCACACGCCGACCUCGAAGUGGAAGCGGACAAUGAACAGAUUUUGGAUGGAAUACUCGAUGCUUUAGCUGCAAUUGCAUCUCACAAGGAUUCACACAGCAACGGGAGUUCCAUCAGAGGACGAAGUCCUGAUAGAUCAAGCUACCUGGCGGCCAAAAGCUCCCGAGUCAUGGAUAGCAACGAUGAAAAUGUCUCAAGAGUGCUGAUUUUAGGGGCCGGUCGAAUGUGCGAACCGGCCGUGAAAUAUCUCGCUGCUCAAGGGAGUACUGCUCCUCCGGGUGAACCUUCUAGCGGUGUUGAUAUACAUGUGCAGGUUAUCGUGGCGUCUUUAUUCCUCAAAGAUGCCCAAAAGGUUACUGCAGGCGUCGCCAAUGCGUUCCCGUUACAGCUGGAUAUCUCAGAUGGCGAUCAUCUACGAGCAUGUAUCUCCAAGGCUGCCGUUGUUAUCAGUUUGCUUCCUCCCGACUGCCAUAUACCGAUUGCAAAAGCGUGCAUCGAGCUCAAAAAGAAUUUAGUCACAGCUAGUUAUGUGAGUUCCGAGAUGGAAGCUUUACACGAUAAGGCGAGAGAAGCUGGAAUUGUGAUCCUCUGUGAGAUGGGUCUUGAUCCUGGCAUCGAUCAUAUGAUGGCUAUGCAGAUGAUUGACUCGGCCCAUUCUAAUGGUGGAUAUGUGCAAUCAUUCGUGUCUUACUGUGGUGGGCUUCCGUCUCCAAUGGCCGCAAAUAAUCCUCUUGGAUAUAAAUUCAGUUGGAAUCCAGCUGGAGCUAUCAAGGCUGGACGAAAUGCCGCUAUUUAUAAGGAACAGGGCAAGACCGUAGAAGUUGCUGGAGAUGAUUUAUUUUCAUCCGCUGCUCGUCUGAGACUUCCCAAUCUCCCGGCUUUUGCACUGGAGAGACUUCCGAAUCGGGACUCAUUGAAGUACGGGGAACUUUACGACAUUGCCAAGGAAGCAUCUACCGUUUUCAGAGCAACAUUGCGCUAUGAAGGUUUCAGCGAGAUCAUGGCCGGCAUAGCAAAACUGGGUUUCUUUGACUAUGGCGAUCACGAACUGCUCGGGGUAGCAAAUCAGCGCACCACAUACGAGACAUUCUGGCGCCACAUCUUGAAGGAAAUUGUACAGACAGUUGAAGUGAAGAAAACUGAACUCGUACCAGAGAAACUGCUAGGUCUUGGCUGCUGCAGCGACAUUGAUGCCGCCAAACGUCUCUGGAAUUGUAUAAAAUGGCUUGGGUUAAACUCAAAGAUGGACGUUCCCGAAAGCUGCAGGAGUGCAUUCGAUGUAUUAUGCUCGCGUAUGGAGGCGAAGCUUACUUUUGCUCCUAAUGAACAGGAUUUGGUUCUUCUACAUCAUGAUCUUGAAGUGGCUUUCAAAGAUGGCCGUCCAACUGAGCGGCACACGGCAACACUACUUGCUCUUGGUGAAACAGCCGACAAUAGCAAUCCUCUGAGGGAACCACAUACAGCAAUGGCACGCACUGUCGGCUUAACAGCAGCAAUUGGAGCACAGCUUCUCCUCUUUAAUAUGGUGAAAUCUACUGGAGUGCUUAGACCAUUCCAACCUGACAUCUACGAUCCAGCUUUGAAGAUCUUGGCUGCCGAAGGCAUGAAAAUCGAAGAGAGCACAGAGAUUAUUUGAGAUUGGCAAGUUUGCAUACCAUGGGUUGGAUUUGCCCAGGUGGCAUUGUAAAAUGCUUCUUGAAAGAUCUGACAUGCAACACAUACCGAACUUUGGAGGUUGGAAUACCCACGUCGAAGCUUAUAUGGCACGAGUCUAGAAAAACUGCCAGGCUUUCCGAUUUCUUGCCCUUUCCUCUGAGACUAGUCCAAAAUUGGAUAAUUAGCUCGGAAGAAACUACCUCGCGUUUUAACGGUGGAUACGUGGGAUGCAAUCGGACACUCGGCUCACAAAUUUGGCUUCCACAACUUUAACCCGUACUGAUAAAAAACACAAAAGAUCAUCGUCACAGUGAAUCACAAAAUGGGCUAUUCUGCCCUCGAUUAGAGUUCAAGGUCACGGCGGUGACCCGUAGCCUUCGACUGUCGAAAAGUGCAUAGUGUACAUUGAAGGACUUGUAAAUAAACCUGGUCAAUCGGCCAGCCAGGGAUGAUCUCCAGAUGUCAGCAAAUGGAGGAAUAUUCUCGCUGACAACCGUGUUCAUAGUGUUGUAGUGAUGACCUAGAUGGUCAGGCAUAUGUAGGUUCACAAUAUUAUAUAUAAGUUAGGCUUGUAUUAUGGACUGGAUCAGCAUGGCAGUAUCCGCCAGUGCGUCACUGUACUUUAGGGGUUAACAUAGUCGCGGAGAAUUUGCUCUUUGGGUCUAGUCUAGGAAACUAAACCCAUAGAAGAGAGCACGCUUGUAUUGUAUCGUAAUGUGCUCUUAGACUAUCGUAAGGAGUAGUCUAUGAAACGACACUCAUCCUGGAGAGCACGCUUGUACUGUAACAUAAUGUAUUGCAAACUGAAUAACACUUUCAUCAUUGCC